AGUAGGUCCGUGCCACAUCCUUUAUUGACGUCACCGUGAGCCGCCAUCUUGGAUCGAGCUGCUUGUAGCCGCCGCUUACAGUCAGACAACGGAGGAGCGGGGAGAAACCGUACAGGGCGCGGCCUCAUGAGCUCGGCCCGGGGCGGCAGAUAGCCCUUCCCUCCUUAUAUCGUGUAUUUGGGCUCAGCUGUUUCUUCCCGACAUGACGUCCCUGACCCAGCGCAGCUCUGGGCUCGUACAGCGCCGGACCGAGGCCUCCCGAAACGAGAGAGCGGCUGAGGGGGAGGAAGAGGAGAGGGACCGGGAUGGGCAGGAGGAGGACGAGCGGGCGGGGGACAAGGAGGCCAGACUCACCCUCAUGGAGGAGGUGUUACUGCUGGGCCUGAAGGACAGAGAGGGCUACACAUCCUUUUGGAAUGAUUGCAUCUCCGCAGGCUUACGUGGCUGUAUGCUGAUUGAGCUGGCAUUAAGGGGAAGGAUCUCUCUGGAAUCUGGUGGUAUGAGGCGCAAAAGUCUACUUGCACGAAAGGUUCUUUUCAAAUCUGAUGCUCCAACUGGUGAUGUUAUGCUUGAUGAAGCCUUAAAACAUAUAAAGGAAACUCCAACCCCAGAAACAGUGCAAAGCUGGAUUGAGCUUCUCAGUGGUGAAACCUGGAAUCCGCUAAAGCUGCACUUCCAGCUAAGAAACGUGCGUGAGCGCCUAGCAAAAAAUCUCGUGGAAAAGGGGGUGUUAACCACCGAGAAACAAAACUUUCUGCUCUUUGACAUGACGACACACCCCCUGACCAACAACAACAUUAAGCAGCGAUUAAUCAAGAAGGUACAAGAAGCCGUUCUAGACAAGUGGGUGAAAGAUCCCCAUCGCAUGGACAAACGCUUGUUGGCUCUCAUCUACCUGGCCCACUCCUCCGACGUCAUUGAGAAUGCAUUCGCCCCACUUCUGGACGACCAGUACGAUCUGGCCAUGAAAAGAGUGCGGCAGCUGCUGGACCUGGACCCGGAAGUGGAGAGCACCAAGCCAAACGCUAACGAGAUCCUCUGGGCCGUCGUUUCAACAUUCACAAAAUAAAUACGGGAGCAGACUCAUAGGAUUGCUCGUAAAAACCAGUUUGUCUUUGCUCAACACUUACAGUUGUUUUUAUCUUUGCUUUAUUUCGAGUCUGCUGAUGUUACGUGGGAUACGACCAACUCCAGAGGCACUAACUUGUGAAGGAAUGGCGAGAGAAGAAGUUCUGCCAUAUUGGCAUUCCACUGCUUAAAACUUUAUCCAUGAAUAAAACUCACAUUUCUGAAAGGUUCGUAUGAGAGUUAAAUGGCGGCUAAGUGCAUGCAACCGGAAAGAAACAGAAGGUGCUGCAGAAUAUCAAUGUAAAUUGCUCCCCAAGUUGAUUGUGUGGUCCAGGUGCACCAGACCCUCCGCUUCAGGGAGCAGCAAACUGAAAUGAACCUCAAGAAAAACAGGGCUAUUGGCACAGGGAUUCCACAGGGCCAAAAUAAUAAGUUUAAAAAUGGGUCUUUAUUAAUCAAAGUUAAAGUAUACAUACAUCUCCUACGCGUUUUGUACCCCCAGGGUACUUAAAGGGCACGUAAAAGCAAAAAAAUAAAAUCCAAUUUUUACUUUAUUUAAUGAAAAAGAAACCUAUCUCCAAUAUACUUUAAUUAAAAAAUGUGUACUGUUUUUAUAAGAAAUCUGACUGUAUGCAGUGAAAUUCUUCCUUGAUUUACUGCUGUGGAUAGUAAUUGUCAGACGGUCCCUAACUGCUCUGCAGGGAAACAAUCAUACUUAUGAACAGCAGGGGGAGCCUCCGCCUUACUUCCCAGCCAUGCAAAACUCAAGCAGCUUUGUUUCCCUGUAGAGCAGUUAGCGACUGAGUAGAGAUUUGUAUUGGAUUUUAUUUUUGCAUUUACAUCCCCUUUACUGUUUCCAACUCCAGCUGCAGGGACAAAGAUCAUGGAGCCAGAUUUAAACCGAUAAACUGGAAUUCCCGUUGAAGGGUUAUUUUGCUGCAGCCAGUGGUUCUUGAGAGUUGGAGAAAGUUUGCAUUAAACAAUACAAAAACUAAAAUCCACAUUAGAUUACAUGACAACACAGGACCCAGUGCAGUCUGUAUAUUCUGAUUAUUAAUCAGUCUUUUUGUACCGUCAUCUGGCAAAUAUUAUUUGACUUGUUUUGAUAAUUUAUGACGAUCCCUAAGCAGCCCAGACCACACUGAGCAUGUGCACAGUCUUGCAAAGAUGUUUAACAAAGUUAAAAGAUGGUGACCCCCCCACCCCGUGGCCAACUUUAAAAGCAUAAAUCAUUUGUUUGAUUAGGCUUGUGGUGCAGUAAGUUUAUGUUUAGUAUACAAAAUUUCUAGCCUUAUUCUAUUUUAGACUUUACUUCCCUUUUAAUCGUGGGCUAAAAGUUUUUACCCCAUGAUUAAGUACCCUGGGGUUAUGAAACGCAUAGGGCCUAUGAAGAUGUAUGUAUACUUUAACUUUGAUUAAUAAAGACCCAUAUUUUAA